CCACUUGGCGGCCACAACCCAGCUCAGGCACCUCAGUUGGUCGUGUCAGGUGACAUCAUAGGUCAGGGGACGACACACAAGACACGCCACUGCUUGCUCCUCCUCUCAAACUCCUGUGAAUGGUGCGAUGGUAGGGGGUAUUUACGAGGUGGUGCGGCUGGUGGGUGGACUUCGUGGCAACCACUUCACCACUGCCACCACCUCCACUACACCCAGAGCCAUCACUGCAGCUCUUGCUACAAGUGGUGGUGAUAUUAUCAUCUUCAACCACCGGGAGGGGGAGUCCACCACAAGCAGAAUACCCUGGACCACUGAACAGAACAGGAAGCCAGUAGCUUUAGCCUUCAGUCCCACAGCAGAAUGGUUGCUGGUUGCAAGUGAAGAUGGCACACUGUUUGUUGUGCCUCUAGGAAGUCGGCUCGAUCCUGGCACUUCUCGUGAUCAUCGCUUUAAGACAGAUGAUGUGUUGGUUCUUCCUCCUAAUGGUAGCCGAGCACGCCCCACUUCCCUUGUGUGGUGGCAGACACUCGUGGGUGAUGCCUCCUUGGCCAUCAUUGGCACGGAGCUCGGGGAACUGUCUUUCAUUGAACUCAGCAGCGGAAAGGAAGUAGGAGGAACAUACAUAACUGUUCCUGUUAAACAGCUUCACUUGUGCCGGGAUAACUCCUUGGAUACUGUGUACUUGUUGAUCACAGGGCCAGAGGACCGACAGUGGCGCUUGGUGCUGGAACAGCGUAGCAGCCAGUAUCUCUUUCCCUUAGAGCAUAUCACUCCAGAGUGGCCUGAAGAUGAGAGUCCCAGUGGGUCUUUACACCGCACGGGGCCUCCCACAAGGUCUCGACUUCUGGGACUCAAGCAACUCUCUGUGGAAAAAUUACAGAUGCUUAAACAAAGAUUGGCUGAAGCAAAGACCGGAUCCAGACGCAAGCCUUUAACUGAGAACAAAGGAGUAGACACAUGUGACAUUGAUGAAUUGUCAGCAACGACCACACCAGAGCAGGCAAUGACCACUUCCACUACUUCCAUUGCUUCGGGUGGAGAGGGUGAAACUGCUCCGACUGUUGCUGCACGACCAGAGCGGCUGUGCAAGUUUAUCCAUGACGUGUUAGCCACCCCACAGUAUGCCAAAGAACGAUACUUAUUAGCAGGACAUUGUAAACCCAAUUCUACCUUAAUGGUAUAUAGUACUGACCUGGAGCCAACUCCAUUGUAUGUGUUCAAAAUCAUACCCGAUGCUGACAAAGUGGUGCUUCAAGAUGAGAUGAUCUUCUUGUCAGACACGGAGUCCAACAGAAAAAUUACAAUGGUGUCCACAUUUUUCUCUUCCUCUUCAAAAAUCGAUGGAACAAUAGAUAGCAAAAUCAAUCCAGUAAUACAAGAAAUAGAAUUACCAGAAGAAGAAGAAAUUCUGUGUCUCUACCCAAGUCCUCCCUUGGUGUCAUCAGAGGUUAACAGCAGCCCUCCGUGCUCUGGACGAUCCUCUGUGUUAGGAAGAAUAAUACGAGGGGAAGAAGAUGAGGAGGAAGAUGUAGAGCUUCCAACUCACACAUGGCCUCAUGGCUGCUUAAUACUAACCUCAAAAGCUCUCUAUAUAUGUCAGCCAAGAAUGAGUGUGGAGUCUCUCUUCAUGAACCUGGUGCUCAGAGCUGGUGACAUCGACAGUGCCAACAAACUUGGAGUCAUAUUCUCCCUGGACCCCAAGCUAUUUGAACUGGCUGCAGAUGUUAAGCUUCGAUCUCGCAACUUUAGUACAGCCAUUGCCCUGUACAAACACUCUAGGUGCCCUCAUGUGAAGUGCUCAAUCAAGUUUGCUGCCCAGGGAUUGGUGACAGAGUUUCUCACAUAUAUGGGUACACUGACAAGUGGUGUCAGUGGCCCAGAUUUAGGUGCAGAAGAACGGCGGAAUUUGGCCAACUUGGCCAUUAUGUGUCAUCUUCAUCAUUUAUGUCUACCAGGUCCUCACAAGCCUCCCUCACAGCAACAAGCCUUGAGAAACUUGCUUCUCUUUCUCCGGGACAACCAGUACUAUGAUGAGAUCCUGGCACUGACCCUGGCUGCUGGGGCUUGGCGUUGGGAGACACUGCAAUAUUUAGCAGCAUCACGAGGACUAUAUUUAGAAAAAUUGCAAGUAUUGUUAUCAUCUCGAGCUUCACCAAUUUUAGAUACGUUAAGUGUUGAGCAGCUGUGUAGUUCCACCAACAAGGACGGUGUUUUACCAAUAGCUCGAGAAAGGGAAGCUGGUUAUCUACAUUGUGUGUCUGAUCCAGAGUUGCGUCAGGUUCUUCUGGUUCGGCCAUCAUUAGCACGGAUGCACAUUGCCCUUGUCUUAAGUCUGCUAGCCACGGUGGAGAUUCCUAUUCUCCGCCGCCUGGUUGACCUUUAUAAUCCCACACAACCAGCCAUCAGACCAUUCAUGCAAACUACUAAUGGUAGGAAACAAGCCUUUCCGCCUUUAUCAUCCAUGGUUCAAAAUUCAUGUCUCCUACCAUGUAGUAAUGAAGAACUGGUGUCUGUAGAAGCUUUUAUAGAGGUGUUUCUAGCCAUUAUUGUUCAGCUAAACCAAAGAAGAGGCUGGAAGUACAAUCCCGACCUCUUGAUGUACAAGAUGGAGGUUUCCAAAGAGCAGAGUGUGCCAGUUCCAAUAGAGAAGGUACGUCGCCAGGUGCUUUGUUGUGGUUACGGUCACACUGCUGUGGUCAUUAGUGGUGCUGUCUACACUUGGGGUAUCCCUGAUUAUGGUGUCUUGGGACAUGGGCCCAGAACUACAACUAAUCACAAACUCUUCUCUGGUCUCACUGUUUAUCUGCCAGAAGAUCAGGAGUCCACCAUCAAUGGCACCAUCCCACAUGUGAUGGGAGGCUCCAGCCCUCUUGCUCCACUUAUGAAUGGAAAGGUUACAUCCUCCCUUGUGUGUGACGGCUCAGAACCCCGACUUGUGUCGUACUUUGGCCAGAUGCGAGCACUGUGUAUAGCUGGAGGGAAAAACCAUAUGCUAGCAGUAACAGAUAAUGGGGUGUAUGGCUGGGGUAGUAACAAAUAUGGACAAGUUGGCAUAGGAGGAACAGGUAGAUGUCCACGACCUACUCUACUAGCCAGCUUGGAAGGCAAAGGCAUCAUAUCUGUUGCCUGUGGUCAGUUCCACUCUUUAGCAGUGAGUGAAGAUGGAAAGUUGUACACAUGGGGAUGGGGCGUACAUGGGCAGCUGGGCAAUAGUAAUGUGGAAGAUUGUCUCACUCCCACACCAGUUCAGAGGCUUGCCAGAAAGCAUAUUGUGUUAGCAGACGGUGGGUAUGCUCAUAGUGUGGCCAUGUCCUCAGAUGGCAAUGUAUAUGCCUGGGGGUGUGGCACAUAUGGACAGAUAGGUAACGGCGGCAUUGUGAAGGUGACGAGGCCGGAGAGAGUACCAUUGCCUGGUCCUGCGACACAUCUGGCUUCGGGCUACUUUCAGAAUAUUGCUGUAACUAAAAACCACAAAGUGUACAUGUGGGGUAAUAAUCCUGCUUGUCUCCGAGUCCAAGCCCAACUUCAGAGGCGAGCAAGGACAACUCAGCAAGCAGCAGAGGGGAUGAGAAAGAAUAAUGGGGGUGAUAGACAGACUGUUGAAACUAGAAAUGAAAGUGCAGAUAUUGGAGUUGAAGUUGAGAAAGAGGUAGAGGGUAGUGAAGAAGCGUGUGUAACUCUUAAUGAGAAAAAGAGUGAUGUUAAUACCAAUGGUGCUAAUGAUAAUUAUUCUGAGCCAGUAAAUACUGUUGAUGGCAAUGAACAUCUCUGUGAUGAAGUGCCGAUAAGUACAACCGUAGAUGAUAGUGAAGACACAAUUACAACACUGCCUGAAGAUGAUGAGGACAGUGACAGUACUGAUGGUGCCAAGUCUUUCGUUAUAUCUCCUGAACCAUCGCCGGAAAAAUUAACAGAGAAUGGUGAGGGGAAGAGUGAUACAAGUGACGAUGUGCCCGAGAGCAAAGCCAUGGACUGUGCCAACAGUUCCAGCACAAAUCAUAGCUCAAAUCCUCAUGCAUCAUGUAGCAAGGAGGAUUCUUCUACUAGCAACAACUCAAAAAGUGAAGAAAACUCUAUACCUUGUGGUGGGUCACGUAAGGUCAGUGCAAAUACUGUACCAUCAUGUGAUCCUAGUGACCUGGGUCACCUUCUGCCACAGGAAGUAGAGAUGCCUCACGGUUUUGGUGCAGUAAGAGCAGUGGCAUGUGGAAGUCAGCAUUGUAUCCUGUUAACAACACAUGGAGCUUUAUAUGCCUGGGGAAGGAAUAUGUCUGGGCAACUUGGAACUGGAAACCGUCGUGAAGUUUUGAGUCCGACUCGUAUCCUGGACGAAGCCUACAUUACUGACAUAGCUUGUGGAGCUGAUUUUACCCUUGCUCUCGAAUCUCAGGGACAGCUAUGGGGAUGGGGGUCAAACUAUUAUUCUCAGUUGGGCAAGAGCAACACCACAGAGGAAGACAAAGGACAGGCUGGACGCGUGUUCAUGCUGCGGACAACAAAACGUGUGCUGAAGGUCCCACAUAGUGUACACUCAAACUGUGAGUCUCCAAGAGUGAUAAAUGGCCUUCCUCCUCACCCAAGCCCACCUCCCCAUCAUUAUGGCAUGUCAACAAACAGCCAAGAGAGAGUUUGCGAUUCACGAUUUCGACGAUUCGCUGUAAGCAGAUGGUGGCUAUGGUGUCUAGCUUGCGAGCCUUUUCGCGCAGCACAACGAGUCAUCCCACGCGCCCACAGCAUCUCUCCCUCUGUUCACGCUCAACCAUUGCCUCCAAAAGGUGGAGCCCAUUGGUGGUUAAGUCAAGUUCGUCUAGACAUGAUGGAUGUGCCAGUGGAUGAAAAAGGAGGUGCCAGAACUGAUGAUGUGGAUGAUGGCUUGUAUGGUGACUGUACUCUGCAUGCAGCGCUCACCUUCCUCCAUAGCAGCUAUAAUAUAAAAAAUGUUACAAACAUGCUACAAGAAGCAGAAGCCCACCAGGCUCUGGCAACACUUUACACCCUUGAGCGACAGUACAGCCAAGCAAUGCACCACCAUCUUUGUGCCCUUUUGAAGCAAAGUGGUGACCUGUACAAAAAAGACAAUGGACAAAAAAAUGAAGGGGAUGAUAGCACAAAAGAAAAUCAAGAAGAAAAAAAUAUAAAGGAUGAAAACUUUUCUAGUCAAGAUAAACAGCAAAGUCUCCCCUCUUCUCCAGAGAAAAGUUGUAGACUGUUCACAGUGACUCAGAGGAUAAGGGAACUACUACUGUUAUUACACAAGAUUCACUCUUUCAUAAUGAAGUUGGUCCUAAGCACUAUGAGAUACUUGGUUGCUGAAGCGGUGCGGAUAAUAGAUCACUACUUGAAGCUACAAACAGAAGAGUCGCAAACAGGCAUGAGGCACGUUCUCCAGGAGGGUAUCUCUCUUUGGUUGUCGCACGCCCUCCCGCUGGCACAGCUGGAGGACCUCUUGCUCACACACCUCCCCCGCACUGUGUACCCUUUGGCACUUCUGCUCUUUGGUGAUGGUGCUCCAAAUGAUAAUGAAGCUACCGAGGAUCCCAGCAAUGACCCUGCCAUGAAGGUGCUCAGUCAGCUGUCCACCAAGUUUUGUCUCAAUUUGUGUACCUCAGUUAUCAGCCAUCUCCAGGCAGGAGGUGCUGGUGGGGAAUAUGUGGACACCUUGGCUCUCAUCAGUGGUGUUCAGCCCGGUACUGAACCCAGCCAGAGCAACAGAACCUCAGCUGUAUUCAAUGAAGAAAGCAGCCAACUCGAUGUAGCUGUGGAUGCAUUAACAAAGAAGGCUUCUGAAAGUAUUAACUUGACACAGGAUGAUAUAACUAAACUACAAAAAGAAGAGAGUGCACAGGGCAAGAAGACAGAGACAAGAGGUUCUAUUUCAAUUGGCAGCCAUAAACAAAAAGGUGGAAGCAAGAUUCCCAAGGAACAAGAGAAAGAUUGUGUUUUAUUUACUUGUGGGCAUCAUUUCACUAAGAAGGAUUUUAAGACUCGAGUUCUUCCUCAAAUGGAAACAUCGGUGAUGACUGUCCCGGGCCUGCUGGGUAAUACAGCACGGGUUUUGCUGGACCAGUACCACAGUGAUCAGCCAGAGAUGGCUUGCCCUCACUGUGUUCUGGCUCACCUUACAAUAAAACUAACAAAGCACAAGCAAGCAAAAUAACAUAACACAUAGGUUAAUAAUACUUUACUCCUAGCUGUCUUAUGGGAAAGAAUUGGUUGAUGUUGCAUAUUCACAUUAAACAUGAAAGGUAGUCUAAUAUAGGACAAUGAGUGUUGAUGUUUAUAGUCUUAAAAUUGUUAUAACAAGGCAAAAUGUAAUAACUUAUUGAAUGACAAGAUGAUGACAUUUCAUCAUGAAUUUUAUUCUGGUACAUGGCUGUAAAAUUUUAUUGUCAAAAAAUUGGAAGGGAAAUAUCGCUGAGGGUGAAUAGAUAAUUAAAUAUUUCAGUACUGCACUGAGACAUGGUAGUUAAAUUUUGCUCAGCCUUUUAAUGACAUGUUGGUGAUGCAGAAAAUUCAUGUUAUUAACUUACUGAUUGUAGUUAAGCAGUGAAGCACAAACAACCACAAUAAUAUUCUUUUAAUUACCAGAUAAUGUUAAGUGGUGUAAUCAAUCAAGCUUUCAGAUGUGACUUGAUGCCUUAGGUAUUCUCUGCAUAGAUGUGAUCACUAAAAUGAGUUGGAAUGAAGAUUGCUUGUUUUUUACAAUUUAUUACAUGGUGUUAUUACCCAAUUUUACCAUAGAAGGAUUAAGGAAGAUGUGAUGUGACUGAAUUUCUAGAGAGGGAUAUUGCUGAUUGUAGUUUUAACUGAAAACAAAAAAAAAUUAUAUUACAAGAAAAUAUUGUUUUGUGGCCUAAGCCAUGAAUAAGGUUACUAAUUUUUUGUUUGAUAUAUAUAUAUAAAUAUAUAUUAUUUUAAUAUAUAAAUAAGGUCAUUAUGAAGAGAUGGGAGGUCGGCUGUGCUUCAUUUUUUAAUACCAUCCAUGGUGACUCUACAUGGAUAUUUGUGACAACUAUUUUGAAUUUGCUUGGGUUUCAAAAGAACAGGCAUAAACUUUUCCAGAUACAGUAUAUUACAGUUCACAGCUGUAACAGAUGUGCUAAGUAGGGUCUUGGAGAACCAUUUUAUACCACUAGUGCAAUUGUCACUGAAUCCUUUGGUGUAUGGUAAUUCUAUGCAUUGUUUUAAAUCAUCAUCACAGUCACAAAGGCAGCACUGUAGAAAUGAAGUCACUCUUGGGUAGUGAUUAAAAAGUGGACACAACCUUACGUGGUAUAUUUUCAAAUAGUCUGUGAGAUGUGAUUUAAACCCAAGCAUUACAAGUGUAGAGUAUCAGUGCCCUUUUAUAUAUAUAUAUAUAUAACAAUCUUGUUUAUCCUUACAAGCUUUAAUUAAAGUGUCUGUACUAUGUAAAUAAUUCAGGUGUGAGAGUUGCCAUGCUGUAUUUUAACCUGUUGCACUUUCAUACCAAGAUGAUGUAAUGCCAAAUUAGGAAGGAAAAAAGUGCAUAUGGUAGGUACAAGAUGGCCCCUAUACAUGUGAUAACCAGUGAGUCAGUAGUUUACCUUUUCCCAUGGAUGGGAUUGCAGGUAUUAACCCCUGGAGUGUGAUGGAACCUGUAUUGACAGCUGAUAGUGCUAGCUACAUGUAGUGACAUUGUCCACAUGGGGUUAACACUCCUUCAUCAUUAUCGUCUCUGUGAUUUUGUACAUCAGUAAGAGUAGCAUUUAUUAUAAAUGUUUAUAAAAGAAGUAAACUCCCUGUGUAUUGUUGAAAAGCCUCUACAGAUGGGAUGAUGAAAAGAGUCAUGGUAUAACAUGCUUUUAUGUUUGUGUGUGUGUGUUAAAAAGUGUGAGCUUGUUUUGUAUAUAGAUAUGAUUGCCUAAGAAGUUGUGGUUGCAGGGAAUGUAUUAUUAUUAUUAUUGUUAUCAUCAUCAUCAUUAUGAUAAUUAUUAUUAUUUUUUUUUAACUUGCGGAAAAGGUAGAGGAUUAUAUUAAAAUUUUUAUUUUUGUUGGACUUGAUGAUGUGGAAAUUUCAUCGACUGAUAUUCUUCACUUAUAACUCUUAUAAAGACAAGUGUAAAUAUGUAUUAAGUAUGUGGAAAGUGCAAUAUCUUCAUGAAAAUCACCAUUGUGCAUAUCUCACAUGGAUUGGCUUCAUACUCCAGAUGUGUACAAUACAUUCACAAGUUCCUUGAAAAGGUCAUUUUGAAACAUUCUAAAAGCAGACUCUCCCUUUGAAGUUCCAAAAAAUGUGACUAAAGGUUUAAAUAUUA